ACUAGAUCUGAGUCACCAGUCUCCUAUCACGUGCACCGUACGUGGUCUCUAUUCCCAUAUAACAUCCUCUCGAAGUAGAGCUGGUGCUGCUACUAUUAACCUAGGAAGCAAUAUGCUGAGAGCUUCCUUUCAAAAGCUCCGCCCCAACAUCAAAACAAAGAAGAAAAAGAAGUCAGCCACUUCCCAUACCAUCUCCGAAACCAAGAAGAAGAAGGACAAAAAGCCAAAUCAAGACGAUCGCUUCCCUAUCCAAACCCCAUUUCUUCCCCAGGAAUUUCAAGGAGUCGAAGAAGAAGAAGAAGAAAUCGAAGAAGAAGCACCUGCUUUUGACAUAAAAUCAUCAGCUUCUUCUAACAUACACGGCGUCCAACCCUUAGGCAAUCUCCUCCUCUCUCACUCUCCCUACAAUUCCCGAAACCCCGGCCUUGGCAAUCUCUCUUCCCUCCCUGAUGACCUCCUCAUCGACAUCCUCUCCCUCCUGGGCCCCACCCAACUCGCCCAAUUAUCGAUCGCCAGCAAAGCCCUCUAUGUCUUCUCCAACCAUGACCCCCUCUGGCGGGCCCUCGUCCUUGAUAGCCUCCACAGUGGCUUCUCCUUCACCGGCUUGUGGAAAUCUACCUACGUCUCGGCGUUCUAUCCGUCUCUCUCCGGUCAGGCUUCCAAGGGAAUCCAAGUUCGAGACUUCUAUUCGGACUACCUCUUCCAGAGCUGGCUCUGCGCGAGCCUCGAGAUGAAGCCAGAGUGGCUGGAAAUUGAUAACAUUGAGCGUCGGUGUGGGAUUUCAGUGGAGGAGUUUGUGUUGGGUUUCGAGGAGUUGAAUAAGCCGGUGCUGUUGGAGGGGUGUUUGGAGAAGUGGGCCGCGGUUGAGAAGUGGGAUUGGGACUACCUUGUUCGGGUUUGUGGGGAUACUUCAUUCUCGGUGGGGCCUGUUGAGAUGAAACUGGGCGAGUACUUCCAGUAUGCGGAUUUGGUUAAGGAGGAACGACCGCUGUAUCUGUUUGAUCCCAAGUUCGCAGAGAAAGUUCCACAACUGGGCGCAGAUUAUGAGGUGCCUCCUUACUUCCGGGAGGAUCUGUUUGCAGUUUUGGGGGUGGAGCGGCCGGAUUACAGGUGGGCCAUUAUCGGCCCGACAGGGUCUGGCUCGAGCUUCCAUGUGGACCCAAAUUCGACUUCAGCUUGGAACGCAGUUAUCCGGGGAUCGAAGAAGUGGGUCUUGUUUCCACCAGACGUGGUCCCGCCAGGGGUGCAUCCAAGCCCAGAUGGAGCCGAGGUGGCAUGCCCGGUUUCGAUCAUUGAGUGGUUUAUGAAUUUCUAUGGGGCGACAAAGAAGUGGAAGAGGCGGCCCGUCGAGUGCGUUUGUAGGGCUGGGGAGGUGGUUUUUGUGCCAAAUGGAUGGUGGCAUCUGGUGAUCAAUCUCGAGGAUUCCAUUGCCAUUACUCAGAACUAUGUUAGCAGGAAAACUAGUGAUGCAUCCUACAUUGCAAGAUUAUAUUUUCGGGUGGUAGUGAAGCCGCAUGGGGUGCCAAAGAUUAUAUUACCUUGGACUGAUAGCAGGAGGAAUCUUUUGAAUGUCCUUGAUUUCCUUAAGCGGCCAAAUGCAAGCGAGCUUGUCUCAGGAACAAGAGAUAGGGUGAAUCUCUAUGACAAGUUCAGGACUGCAGUUGAAGCUUCUUAUCCUGGUAUCAUCGAUGAGGCCACACGGAAAGCUGAAGAGAAGAAAGCCCAACAGAAAAAACCAACAUUUUGGGAAUCAGUAACAGAUGCUAAGGUGGGAGGAUUCAAGUUCUCUUUCUGAAUUUUUUGAACUGAAGAAGUGAAGUGAAAAGAUGAAAAGAGGGAUUACAAUUUGUAGAGUUCUUCAAUGCAGCUCUCCUUAAUGUUACAUAGAGAGGACUUCUAUAUAACCCAGCUCCAAGAGGGAGGAUUGAUAGACUACUCAAAUUCAUAGAGGUAUGUUAUGCGGCUCCUUAAUGUUAAAGAGAGGACUUAAUACCCGCUUCUAACAAAUUAUUUUUCGGGGUAAGGAAAAGUUAGGUCAUUGUUUUAAGUUAUAUAAUAUGUUUUCUUUCCUUUU